AUGUCACACAUAGACAACAUAGUUGAAUCCUUGAACAGCGCAUAUCAAGAGAUCAUAUUGGCAGCCGCCAGCACCUUAGAGGCAAAAGAAACUUCCGGCGGGCAGAAGACUCCGGCCACCGAUGCUGUCCUCGAAAACUUCAAGCAACGUUGGGAGCUGUUUCGAGUUGCGUGUGAUCAAGCCGAGGAAUUUGUCGAGUCCGUCAAGCAGAGAAUAGGGUCUGAGUGUCUUGUCGACGAGGCCACGGGCCCUAUCACUAAUAAGCUGGGCCAGCCCAGCUCGAGUGGUCUCCCGCCCAUUAGUGCCGUCCGUUUGGAGCAGAUGAGCAAAGCCGUUAGGUGUCUGGUGAUCGAAUUGCAGCAAGGGUCGGGAGCUGGAGACGGCUCGGGACAUCUCAGCUCGAAUGCCCCUUUUGAUGCUCGGUUUACUGAGGAUGCUGCUCAAUAG